CUCUUCCUCCACUCUUCCUCCACUUGCAGGGCCAGAGCCUGCAUACCCGACAAGCUCUUCCCUCCUGUGCCUCUCUCCCACAGGUGCCUCUGGGCGGACCCCUGCAUGGACAGCCCCAGCAAUGCCACCAUGCCCUGCGGCUUUCUCCUUCAAGGCUUCUCCGAGUUCCCGCACCUGAGGCCCCUGCUCUUCCUUUUGCUGCUGGGGGUGCACCUGGCCACCCUAAGUGGGAACCUGCUCAUCCUGGUGGCCGUGGCCUCAAUGCCCAGCCGGCAGCCCAUGCUGCUCUUCCUGUGCCAACUGUCAGCCAUCGAGCUCUGCUACACCGUGGUAGUGGUGCCUCGCUCCUUGGCCGACCUGAGCACACCGGGCCACGGUAGGGGCAGCCCCAUCUCCUUCCUGGGCUGCGCCUUUCAGAUGCAGAUGUUUGUGGCUCUGGGAGGGGCCGAGUGCUUCCUGCUGGCUGCCAUGGCCUAUGACCGCUACGUGGCCAUUUGCCACCCGCUGCGCUAUGCCGCCGUCGUGACCCCAGGGCUGUGCGCGCGGCUGGCCCUGGCCUGCUGCCUCGGGGGACUGGCGGUGUCCGUGGGGCUCACGGUGGCAAUCUUCCACCUGCCUUUCUGCGGCUCUCGCCUGCUGGUGCACUUCUUCUGCGACAUCACGGCGCUGCUGCACCUGGCCUGCACCCGCAGCUAUGCCGACGAGCUGCCCCUGCUGGGCGCCUGCCUGGUGCUGCUGCUGCUGCCGUCGGUGCUCAUCCUGGCCUCCUACGGUGCCAUCGCCGCCGCCCUGCACCGCCUGCGCUGCCCCGGGGGCCGGGGCAAGGCCGCCUCCACCUGUGCCUCGCACCUGGCAGUCACCUUCCUGCACUACGGCUGCGCCACCUUCAUGUACGUGAGGCCCAGGGCCAGCUACUCCCCGCGGCUGGACCGCACACUGGCGCUGGUCUACACCAACGUCACGCCGCUGCUGUACCCGCUCAUCUACAGCCUGCGCAACCGCGAGAUCACCGCCGCCCUGAGCAGGGUGCUGGGGCGCCGGCGGCCAGGCCAAGCCCCAGAGGGGGAUCUGCGCGAGCUCUGAUGGCAAGCCGGGGCCAGGCAGAGGGGGCAGCUCCGCUCCGCAGUUUUCCCCAUCGUGAAGUGUCUGCAUGGGGAAAGCCACCAAGGGGACUCAAUGACGGCCUUCAGGAAAGGGAACUCAGAAAUGUCACAAGGACAGCCAUCCAGCGGUUGUCCCAUCCUCCACUCCUCCCUUGAAUGGCCAAGACACUGUGGUGUAGAGCCCUAGACCUACGUUUAUUGGCUCCCUAAAUGCUUCUUGAGUUUCUUCCCGUGUGUUGGAGCCCGUGCAAGCUGUGGAGCUGGCAGUAAUAAAGAAGGCACAGCUGGUGACCUCAUGACGCUCCUAGACCUAUAGGUGGGAAGGCCAGACGUGAGGAUUAAACCAGAGAUGGGUGGAGUGGCUCAUAAGACGGGUUACCCAUGCUAGACUUUUUGAGGGCUGAGGGGAGUCAGGGAAAGUGUUUUGGAGAGAAAGACAGCUAGACAGAGAACUGUAAGAUAAGUAAGGGUUAACCAGGUGAAGAGAACAAUGCAGAAUGCUCCAAGCAAAAGUGCUUCACAGGGGCUGGAGCAUGUUGGGAAGGACCUUGGAAACAGAUGGGGAGUCUGAAUUCAGGGAGGGGUGUGAUGGCCACCACCAUUGCAUGGUUACUCAGCCUGCAGGGUGGCACAUGGACCAAAGAUGUGAAGACCUGUUCAGGAAACUGUAGGUAUAGUCCGAGAGAGGGGGAGUGGAACCUGGACCAGGGUGUCAGCACAGGGGAUCAAGCCAUUUGGAAAGAGUCCAGAGAUGUGCUGGAAGUGGACACAGCAGAACCUUGAUUGGAAUGAAGGUGAGGAAGAAAGAGUAGUUAAGGAUCACUUCUCAUCUAGAUUAUUUGGUGGAUGUUGGUGCCAUUGAUGAGAAUACAGGAGCAGGAGCAAGUGGGCAGAAGGGGGUGGUAGAGGGUUCUGUUUUGAAUAUGUCCAGUUGAAAUGCUAAGACAAACCAGUGAAGAUGCUGCUUCAGAAGGCAGACACACCCAUCCAGAGAGAUUAAACAGAAGAGGAUAGAUUAGAAAUUAUAGUUGGCUGCUGAGACCAUGAAGGUGGGCAAUAUCACCCAGGAAAUUUUAUGCAGAAACAAGAAAAGAGGUUCCAGCCAGAGCCCAGAGGAAGGCUAGCAGAAAAGGGAGUGGAGGAAAGGAGCCUCCAGGAGGCUCGAGAGCUGCUGAGGUCCAUGGCCUUGGGCCCUUCCUUCAUCUCUCCAGCCUCAGUGGCCUCAACUAUAAAAUAAGGGCAAGACUCUAUGAUCUGUAAGGUUCCUUCCUGCUCUCUGAUCCCUUAAGAUGGAGCAUACAAGGAUACAUGUGGAUCACUAAAAAGGGUACAAGAGGAAAUAACUGUCAAUCUAGUGCCAGGCACGGUGGCUCACGCCUGUAAUCCCAGCACUUUGGGAG